AUGUUAUCAGAUAGAUCUUUCAAAGAUUACGAUAGAAAAUGUUUGAAUCCUCUCCAAAAACUAGCGUAUGGCCUACGAGAAGUCAGGAAAUCACAAAUCUGGGAUAACAUCCCAAUUACCGAAUGUAUUGGGAAGAAUGAGUCCUUAACUUUCUGGAAAUCUGAGGUGGAACGGUCUUGUACAUGGUUGUCAUACUUCGAUGAGUUUCAGAAGUUGAGUAUAGAAGAUAAAACCCAUAUCAGCAAAUGUAUGUGGAUUAUAUUCACUCGACUGGAGAGAAGUGCGAUGACUGCUGAGUUAAGAAGAGCGAACAAGUGUGGGAGUAGUGAUUACGCAUUCACCACCUACUCAGUCAUCAACACUAAUACCUUAAAAUGGGAUUUCAACUGGCUCACACACUUCCCUUCCGACCAAAUGCAAAAUUUCCUAGGCACAACUCCAAUGAUACUCUGUGAACCUCUAACAAAUUGUAUGGCAGAAGUACAACCUACUGAAGAGGAACUAUGUUAUAUUCUUUGUGAUCUUUGUUUUUAUUUUCUUGGCAGCAAGUUGGGCGGUGCGAUGCAGGAGACAAUGGAACGGUUUCAAGGAAUAUUGGCGGAUAAUUUGCACCAGUAUUAUGUGGAACACGAUAAGACAUCGAGAUAUUCGCAUAGGCUUGGGCAGAUAUUGAAAAUUAGUCAGCAGUAUAAGAGCAUAAUGGAGGAAAAGCGAAAGAUCCGAGUCCUCGGCGAGAUUUUCAACGCAUUCCGUGCAGAAUGGUCUCACACCGAUCUAUUUAUUUAUGAACGUUUCGAUUGA